AACCACCACGCCAUUGCGCACGCGAGCGACACAAUUGAGCCGGCCUCAUACGGAUUACGGUUACAAAUUCACAAUCGCCAUCAUGGCUGCUAGUCAAAGGAUAUGGGGCGCCUGCAGAAGCCUUGCCCUGCGGCCUUUGCCUGCCUCUAGGGCUACUUUUGGGCGCCGCAUCGCCGCCCCCGUUUCUCGAUUUUACUCGAGCGAGACGACACCAACGGCAACAAAUGGCCCGACAUCCUCCAUCGCAAACGAUAUCCCAGAGGACAGAAUAGACGAUGAAAUGCUCGAGACAUUACUCUACGGUGGCCGAGUAUCUGCCAACCAGCAGGAAGGCGGCCUGACAGCCGCUCAAGAGGAGAUGCUGUACCGCGGAGGCGCCAUUCCGCCAGCGCAGGAGGCGGCAGCCCUUUUAGCCAAAGAGGAAAGUCUGGCGACUAUCGAGAACGGUCUCCAAAACCCAGGUCACAAAUUCCCCUUGCCUGCGCUGCCGCUAGGCGAAGGCUCAAAGCUCAAGACCCGUUAUCACCCCGUUCUGGAGCAGCUUAGCCGUCUGGUGAUGCGCGAUGGCAAGCUGAGCGUUGCGCAAAGAAAUAUGGCCCUGGUCAUGAACCACCUGCGAACGGCACCAGCACCAAUUUUCAGCCCGAAAUUCCCCCUACUCCCUGGAACACCACCUUCUGCUCACCUCCCGCUUAACCCGGUCCUAUACAUAACGAUAGCCAUCGACUCGGUUGCCCCUCUGUUGAAGGUCAAGUCCAUUGCUGGCGCUGCCGGUGGUGGUAGAUCGCUGGAGAUGCCUGUCCCUCUCAACCUUCGCCAGCGACGACGAACCGCGUUCAUGUGGAUCCUGGAAGCCGUGGAGAAGAAGCCUUCCAAGGGCAGUGGUCGCAACCAGUUUGCUACUAAGCUUGCGGAAGAGAUUAUCGCCGUUGUUGAGGGCCGUUCCGGUGUUUGGGACAAGAGAAAGCUCGUUCACAAGGUUGGUACAACAGCCAGAGCCAACUUGGGCAAGAAAAUCAGAGUGAAGAAGGGCAAGGGCAACUAAGUCAACUGAGGAGGACAAAAUUUAAGGAGCCUGGGGAUGGAUCGAUAUCCCACUGUACAUUACUGUUUUUUAUUAGCGGCAGAGGGGCAUCCGAUUGGGAUAGUGUAUCAAUAGCAUCUACCAAGUUUUCUCUGUAUCUCUCUUGUCUUACUUCACAACUAUGGGUGACAUGCAUGCUCUAUGUAUUAACAUUGCCCCAUCAGAAAUCGUUAUCACGUCGAACUGUCUUAUCCUGUGGAGUAGGAGCCACCAGAGAAAUCUUAAGAUUAACAGUCGUGGCGCAGCGACUCGUCAGAGUUCAGGGUUUAUUGAAAAAAAUGGCGUAACUGAAUAGAGAGACAUUAUGGACGGUGAUGUGAAGUGAGCGACGACGCUGCAUGACCCCUUCAACCUAGCCUAAUGUUGAGGUGCAAGCAUAGCCGUCAACUAACCGCCAACAAGGCACGUGAAAUCUUCAGCUCUCAAUACAUCAGCCAUGGUGGCAGACGCGGCAAGGCGAAGGCGCUAUUAAGUUUAGUUUAGGCUUCCG